GAGUUUGAUGUUGGUAGUAAUGGUCUUGCCAACUAUAGUAUGAAUUGGUACGACUAAUCAGAGAAUGCGUUUGAAAUCAUUCGAAAACUUGUGAAAUAGACGUAUAAGAGUGAAAGAUUAUUGUAUACACGUUGUGAUUUGUGAAAGAUUUUCAGGAGUGAUGCUACAGAGUAAGAAAAAGAAGCAGCCAAAGAAUGCAUUUUAUUUUUUCAUGGUGCACUUCAGAAAUCUAGAGGAGGCAAAAGGUGUCAAGUUUCAUGAUGGUUGGAAAGAUGUUUCUGAGAAGGCAGGUCCAAUAUGGAAGAAUAUGCAUCCAGAUGAGAAGUGGAUUUAUGAGGAAGAAGCUCGCAAGGCAAGAGGACGAGACAAAAAUAAUCUUGAAUGCAAGUUUACAUCACAAGGAAAGAGCUUUGCACAAGUUGAGCGUGAGAAGAAUGAGGCUUAUGAACAAAAUAUCAGGAUGACUCAAGAAAUAGAGGGCACAGUGCGCUCACUUGACAUCUCGACAUCUUUGCCCACCUACCCAUUUCACUUGAUCCAUGUGAACUAUUACUGUCGCCAGGAGAAUGGAAUGUACACACCUUGUGAAGUUGCACUUUCAGAGUUCACUCUUAUGGAUGGUGUUAGGAAGGUCUACCACACAUUGAUCAACCCUGGUAACAUUCCUCUUGGGUAUAAGUAUGAAGCUGAAAGGCAGUCAGCCGAGACUCAUCAGAUUCCAGUUCCUCCUGAAGAAUUUGGAGGUGAAACAGAUUACGUGAAAAUCCUGCUCACCAUUAAGCAGUUCUUAACGGGACCUGGUGGUAGUAAAUACCCCAUGCCACCAUUGUACACACAGCCAAACUGUGAAGAUGUUGUGAAGAAUGUUCUGUAUAGGCUUGAGGAUUGCAUUCGGACAGACUACUCAAGUGAAUCUGACACAUUUAGAGUGUAUCCUCUUCCUAAGCUAUUUUAUGAACUGCGCAAUGCAUGUAUCAGUGACAAGCCAGGAGCACCAGGUUUUCCAGUAUACAGCCUAGCAGAACGGGAACUUGAGAGAGAUGUAUUCAGCUUCACCCAAGGAAUCUCUUGCAAGUUUCAUGACGGGACUGACGCUGUGCAGCACUGUAGCCUCUCAUAUGUUCGUCGCUGGGGCUUUAUCAUCUUGGAUCAUUGUUGUAAAGAUCUAGGUAUUGAGCUAAUUCCAGGAGAGCAUUGCCCCAGGCAUGCAGACACAGCACGCUACAAGAGAGUGACAUCUCGACCUUCUAGUGUGGCUACAGAUGUUUCUUCACCUUCACCAAACCUAGUGAAGAAGCCAGACUUUGUGGACUGUGGCAGGCUUUCACAUGAUCCCUCCUCUGUUCAGGACUUCAUGUUUGGAGACAGACCUGAAAUUGUCAGUUCCAGCAAGCAACCUGACUUGAGGGAACAGGAAUUAGUGCCACUCCGCCAGCCAAACACUGACUCUAUUGCUCUAAGUCUCUUGAGGACACAGAAAGACAUCCCUUCACCAGGUUCCUCAAGACAGAAUGAAAUGGCUGGAGUGAAGACUGAGGAGCCGGUUGCUGUAGUAGGCCGAGGAAAGUUACGUACUGAGUUUACAAGGCCCAUCAGUCUUGGGCGAGGUCAAGGGCUUCUUGCUAACUUGGAGAUGAACUUCGAAAAUAUGAAGGUGGAAUAGUAGUGUUACCACAAUUUAUUACAAUGCAAUCUUGUAGUAAGUGCUGUGAAUUUACACAGAAAUCCUUGAGGUAACAUAUUAGGCUCUGGAAUUUAUGUUUUUAUGUGUACAUUUUAGAUUUGGACAGGAACACAGAUAAAUUGUAGGGAUGUGCAAGUCUCAAAUUUUCAAGGUCAAAUUAAGAUAGUAAAUCUUUAUUGCACUUCUGCUUUGCAGUUUCACUCCUGAACUUAAAGAAUUUUUACGCAACUCUUUUUGCUUAGCUCAGUAGCACACAAAACACCUGAUCCAACAGAAUUAUAAUCCAGAAUUACUGUGUUUUUGGGCUUUUUCCAUCAUCCGGAAUUCUAGGUAAUAGAGGACACGAUGUUUCGGAAA